GGUCAAGUGUACAGGUACCGUACGUGCAGCUUCUCCCAAGAGCAGCUUGUCCCUAGGUAGUGGCGUCACUCACGGCAUCCCUGCAGCUGGAUUCGGUGUCGCUUAUCCACAACUGUCCGCAUCAAGUUCCAACGGCUGAGAACAUCCUCACACAUGUUUCCAUUUUGAAAGCUAGUAGUAUCUGUGCUCGAGCUUCCGCAACCCAGAUUUUUGGAGUAUGAAGCGUCGCUCACCGCCACGCUGCAGGAUUCUCCGCCGACACCAAUGAGGCCAACGAGCUAUGGUCGAUGAUGCCGGGACAGACACCCUGCCAGGCCGAUCGGUCCCUCUCGAGGAUGAACAACAGGAUGGCAGAGGAAUUCCGGAGCUGUCGCAGCAGCCCGACGAUGGGGACACCAGGAGCACUAGGAGGAGGCAGCGGCGGCGGAAGCAUCAGAAAAUCAACCCAGGCCUCGCAAGGAAAUUUGACUUCAUGACCCAGUUGCUACGGAACCUGGACGCUCUGGUCUACGCGGAGCUUUGCACUCUAUACUACAUGGAAUGUUCCAUUCUCCGCUUCGCCGUCCGCGUCUAUGGUCAACAUCAUUGGCUUACACCUAAGCCUGACGACUAUCCGCUGACUAUGGAGGCGGCACGGUCACAGGUUAUUUCGGUAUUCGUUCCGAACCUCAUCUGCAUCCUACUGCACAUCUUCACAUCGCUACCCACAGCUGGUGAAGCUGCCCGCGGAUAUCUUCAUGGAGGCGUGAUUGUGGACUUUAUCGGGCAAACGCCGCCGACCUCCAGGUUUAUACUUCUCGCGCUCGAUUGCAUCAUACUGGUAAUCCAGUGUUUGAUGCUGGCUAUCCAUUCCGAGCGAGAGAAACUGCGCCCCACUGUGCGACCUAUACUAUUCCGAUUACCACCAGCGCUACAAGAGACAAUUGGAAUGGCCUCGACUCAAGACCACGAUGCUGAGGAACGAGGGGUGCUGAGGGAUGGUCCUGGCUUGGAAACGGAAGACCUAAACAGUGUGGAGCUGCAGCCUCUGCAGCCUAGUGGCGAAGGCGAACAUGAGCAAGAUGCUGAACAAAGUCAAUCUUCGCGACGCCGCUCGUCCCUUCACGCAGCUAGUGGAAUGCAUUUGUUCGAUGUCCUCAGUUCGGGAAACGGUAUUGUGGGAGAGUUUCACAUAUCUCAUACUAUCAGGCAUGCCACUACAGACUAUUGGGGGGCGGCAGGCCAUUCGCUCCAAACGCUAGGCUAUACAGCGGCAUUGACGAGGCUUUCGGCGAUGAGAAGGAUGCCCCAGUUAGAACGCAAUCAGAGGAGUCAGAGAUAGCGCGAACGGUAACACGAUGUCCAUGCAGCGAUUCUAGUUUCGUUGCGCACCCUGAUAUAUUAAGCAAUCUUACGACCAACAUU